AAGUAUAUCUACAAGUUAUAGCAUGGGGCAUACAACUGUUUGGCGAAUCGUUCGAGAGACGACUCAGAUCUUGUGGAACAGAUUAAGUCCAAUAUUUGUGAAGGCCCCAACAAAUGAAGACUACAACUUAAUCGAAAAAGGAUUCAGGGAGCGUUGGAAUUUUCCUAAUUGUAUCGGCGCAGUGGACGGAAAACAUAUAGAUAUAGAAGCUCCAUACAAAUCUGGGUCACAAUAUUAUAAUUACAAAGGAAGAUUUAGUAUCGUGUUGAUGGCAACUUGUGAUGCUGACUACCGAUUCACAACGGUUGACGUAGGCGCCUACGGGAGACAAAGCGAUGCAGGAAUUUUUUCAAUUUCUGCUUUAGGAACCAGAUUAGAAUCAGGUAAUUUUACGCUAAUUUAAUAUCGCAGAGCUGGCAUAACAAAUUCCUGCAUUAUGUAAAUAGGAAUUUAUAUUGUAAUACUAGGACAUCUUGGAAUUCCUGGACC